GAGAGAGAGUUCUCAUGGCUUCUUCCUCCUUUCCUAAUGUAUGGGGUUGGAUUCAGAACCUUCCACCAAUCACCCAAUGGAGAACAGAUUCCAUGUCCAUAUGCAUAUGUUCUUCUCUCAAACUCUCCAUAACCAAAAACCUCCAAUCCUUCUCUUUUUGCUUCUCUAUUUUCGCAGACUUCAAUCUUCCUAUCCCUCUUUGGACCUCCAAACCACUCAAACUCAACUCCACAUCCACAAACUUAUUAGAUGAAACCACCAUUCCCAAACUUCUAUACAAUCUCAUUGAAGAUGUCCUCAAUUACUGUCCAAACAAAAACACUUCCCUGCUCAAAAUCCCAAAAACUGACUCAAUCACCAAUCUAAAAGACGUCUUCAAUCUCUCUUUUCUCACUCUAACUUUCCUCAUUUGCAUCUAUGAAGCUCCUGCAGAUAUAAGGUCAGAAUGCCUCAAUACUCUCAAGAAUCACUUAGCAUGUUCGCAGUCAAGAGAGGCGUCGAAGCUGCUUAUGAGACUCCUGGGAUCCAACACAGAAGAGCAAUGGAUGCGUUCUAUAAACCUUGCAAUCACUAAUUGGAUUGUGGAGGUCAGAGCGUCGAACCACAGCCUCAAAACACCGUCCCCACUGUUCUCCUAUGCAGUUUCGACAACAGGGUUGUGGAAAGUUCAAUUGUAUUGUCCUGUAAUAGCCAUGGAUGUCGCGAAGUCUAGCAAUCCUUCACCGGAUGAGCGCCUGCAGUUCGCUCUCAACUAUCAUCAGCUCGAGGGCGUGAUCCAGCUCAACUACAAAGUCAUAGUUCGUGAGAAGUGGAUUGAUGUCAUGGUAAAUACAGACAACAUAAGAUGUGAUGUAAUUCGACUUGUAAACGAGACUCUUAUGAAGGAGAGAGGAGCUGGGACAGCCGAAAAACACUUCCCUUCGAGAAUAUCUCUGCAACUUACUCCAACUCUUCAAAGCAGCGUGUUGAGCAUAUCAGUGAGCAAGUCUUCUGACAACCCCACAAGAGAGAUUGGCUCAGAGAGGACCCUGGAGGCUUCAUUCGAUCCACCAAACUCCUUUGGACUCACGGUUUCAACCGGAGAGACCACGACCGUGAACUUGAGGCCAUGGAAAUUCGAGCAAUCAGUGUACGGUGACAGCGCGAAAUUGAACUGGUUUCUUCAUGACAGUGAGGAUGGAAGGGAGGUGUUCUCGUCAAAGCCUUCGAAACUCGCAUUGAUUCAUCCCAAGGCGUGGUUCAAGAACCGGUAUUCGAAUGUUUACCGCCCUUUCACUAGGCAAGGAGGGGUGAUUUUUGCUGGUGAUGAGUAUGGGGAGAGUGUUUGUUGGAAGAUGGAGAAAGAAGCUGUGGGGAAGUGUAUGGAGUGGGAGAUAAGAGGGUGGAUUUGGUUAACAUAUUGGCCAAACAAACACAGGACCUUCUAUACUGAGACCAGGAGGUUGGAAUUCAGAGAAGUUCUUCAUCUUACACUUGCUUAGCUGAAAAAGAAAAUGAUAUACAGAUCAUCUAUAUAUGUAACUUUUAGUUUUCCUAAUUGUUUGAUGAAACAAAUGUGUUUAACAUAUUGUUCUCUGUCAUUUUGAAAUUUGAAUAUUAUUUCUUGUUCAAAAAAGCACGAUUAUAUAUAAAUAUAGUGAUGAUAGAGAGUUCAAGAAUCGAAUAAUUUGAUUAA